AUGUCUCAUCAUGCCCGAGCUUUUGAUCACAUCUCUUCGUUGUCAGCCAAUCUUAUACCAACCCUCAUAAUCUUCUGUAUAGCUGCUUAUAUACUUCCAAUCUUAACUCGUCGUCUGAUUCGCCACCUUACAUCCCCAACCUCAUUCAGUGAGAAAACAUUCAGCAAUGGCGGCCCUUCCAUCUCGCAUCUCCCCCAUCUAUCAGGUGUAGUUCCAUGGUUAGGCCAUCUCAUGGGUCUAACAAUCGACAGCACUCGUUACAUCAACACCCUCAUUGCUUCUACGACUGCCCCCAUUUUCACCAUUAAUAUCCCCUUUGCACGCAUCACAGUCUGCCAUCCAAGCAUGGAUCGUGUUCUCUCGCGUCAUGUCAAUGACACGGGCCUUGCUCAAGUACUCGUCUAUGUUGGUCCUCGUCUUUUUGGACUCAAGAGAGAUACCAUUGACGCUGUGUUUGGGUAUAACCCCCAGCCUCUACAUAAGCAAAAGUUUGGUCAUGCCGAGAACAUUGUGUCUUUGAACCAACGCUCGAGCACAAAUAUUAGAGACCGGGUUGCGCUGAUGCCUGAGCUGAAUGAGAUUCAAAUUGGCCGUUGGGUUUUUGAGUUGACCGUUUCUGCUACGGCGAGUGCAGUAUGGGGAGUCAAAAAUCCUUGGAGUAUGGAUCAGGAGUUCUCUAAUGAGUUCAUGAAACUCAGUGAAACGUUUGAUACCCUCGGAAGACCCUUUUCUUGGUUCACAGCAAACUCGGCCUGGAACUCCCGCAAGUUUCUCCUCAAAAGACUUCAAGAAUUCCACCUUCAGCAUCGUGAAGCCCGUGUCCAAACCACUGGACAUAGUAUCAACGUUGUGGCUCACAGUGAUCCCAACUGGGAAAACAACCCAGACUACUACCACAUCGAAAUGGUCUCAGCCCUGGGUCUUCUCGCGACUACCAGUACCCUCGCAGUCUGGCUUACUCAUCACCUCUUGACAGAUCCUGAACUUACCCAAGUCAUCCUCAAGGAAGUCCAACAGGUCAAAUAUGUUGAAGGGGAGGAUGAGAACAAGCCACGAUUGGACUUUGCCAAUGUUCGUUCAGAAUGUCCCUGGCUCAUGGCUUCUUGGUAUGAGACUCUCCGUCUUCAUAUGACGGGCGUUGCAAGAAUUGCUCGUCACGACUUUAUGCUCAACAUGCCCGGGUCUGAACCCAUUGCUGUUCCCCAAGGAGAGAUAUUCAUGCUCCCUAUGUGCGCAUCUAACUUGGAUGUUGAGAACUGGGGCCUCGAUGCUGCAGUCUUUAAGGCAUCCCGCUUCAUCGACAAGGAAGGUCGAGUAUCUGGCAGCGCCGUACGCAAGGUUAGAGCCUUUGGAGUCGCGGGUAACAUGUGCCCUGGUCGUGUGUUUGGAACAGACAUUAUAUUUUCUGUGAUUGGGACCAUGCUUCGGACUUUUGACAUUGAGGCUGCGCCUGGUGAAGAGUUUAGGGUUCCUAUUCUGCGAGGAGGGCUCAAUGUUGGUUUUGAGAGGUAUGGAGAUGAUGUGAAGGUCUUUCUUAAGAGGAAACGCACUGCUUAG